CGCAAUGAAUGCAUGUCCAUAGACGUCAUUUGCUUUUAAUGGCCUCCAGGAAAUUUGGCAAUACAAUUCUAACAGACAUUAGAGCAAGGAGAGGGAGCGAGGACGGGGGAAAGCACCGCACGCAUAAACACCACAUCAGGAUAUAAUAGAUUUCUGUUUUAAAAGAAUAUGCUUCCUUUAUCGCCACUUUAUCAACAAGUUCUAGUGCGCCUCCUGCCUUAGAAAGAAAACGACAAGCUGCUUUUCCUCAUUCGCAGAAGGGAAAAUGUGUUGCCUUUGUGAAAGAGCCUGGGGGAAUAUUACAUCAGACGAAAUGGCAAUGAUUAAAAUCAGCCCUUUCUGCUUCUCCAAAGUCUCGGGAACGGCGUGGUGACACUUGCCUGAUGCAUAAACCGUUAUGCGCUGAACUUUAAACCCUCGCCAGCUAUAUAUUUUUACGAAAGGACACGGCACUAAGUGAAUGCGAAUAAUCGAGGGGGGAUAUCAGGUUUUCAUCUGUUCGCAUGAGUCUGCUCGGGUUUGAGUUAAUUGUCCUCUAAUCCUGUGGCCCCAGAGGCGUUUGCGCAGCCCGGAGCGAGAAUUCUUCUUUCGGCUCUGCUCUGUGAUUUGGAAACGGAUUAUUGGCUUUCUUCUGCCCAUAAGCAAAGCAGCAGUUUCAUUUUUGCUUAAAAAGAUAGUCGUGAGGCUGAUAUACACGACAGGAUCUCUGUAUUAAGAAAUAAGAAGAUCAAGAGGGGGAAGGAGCGAUCUGGUUUCCAGGAGAAGGAAGGGAGAAGCAUGUCUCGCCUGUCUCUGACCCGGUCUCCGGUCUCUCCUCUGGCCACGCAGGGGAUUCCACUCCCGGCUCAGCUCACCAAAGCCAACGCGCCCGUUCACAUCGACGUGGGCGGACACAUGUACACCAGCAGCCUGGCGACGCUCACCAAAUACCCAGACUCACGCAUCAGUCGGCUGUUUAACGGAACAGAGCCGAUAGUUCUGGACAGUUUAAAGCAGCAUUACUUUAUUGACCGGGAUGGAGAGAUAUUCCGCUACAUACUGGGAUUCCUGCGGACCUGUAAACUUCUCCUGCCCGAUGAUUUUAAGGAAUUUAAUCUCCUGUAUGAAGAGGCGAGGUAUUACCAGCUGACACCCAUGAUCAAAGAGCUGGAGAGAUGGAAACAGGAGCGCGAGCAGAGACGUCUGUCACAGCCGUGUGACUGUCUGGUGGUCCGCGUGACCCCUGACCUGGGCGAGAGGAUCGCCCUGAGCGGUGAGAAGAUCCUCAUCGAGGAGAUCUUCCCUGAGACUGGUGAUGUCAUGUGUAACUCUGUCAACGCCGGCUGGAAUCAAGAUCCCACUCACGUCAUCCGGUUCCCACUGAACGGAUACUGCAGACUGAACUCAGUGCAGGUGCUGGAGCGUCUCUUUCAGAAGGGCUUCAGUGUGGCCGCGUCUUGCGGCGGCGGCGUCGACUCCUCGCAGUUCAGCGAAUACGUGCUGUGCCGUGAGGACCGGCGGAGUCAGUCCACCAACACGCCCAUCAGGAUAAAACAAGAGCCGUUGGACUAGAGAGACGUUCCGGCCCUCUGCCCCUGACCCGAACUACACGAACACACACAUGGACUCUUCAGAGCUCAGCGUACAAACGGGGGAAUGUAUUUUAUCACACGCAAAUCACCAGAACCGAAACAGGAGCAGCUAUAAUCCACCAAUGAGAGGACGUCAUCGGUCCAGACGGGCUGCAGGCCCCGCCCCUCACUCGUUACAGUAUGAUUUAUCGUCUUUACAUGCGGUGAAAAGUGUCGGACAUCCCGAGCGGACAGACAGGACGAACGAAGGCACUGAGGCCAGAAUGACUCUCAGCAUCAGGGGUCGAGGGUCAACUCAUCUCAUGACUGCUUUUAAGUCCAUUAUCGUUGUUUAUAAAACACGACUUUUUCACACAUUAUAGCAACACGUAUGCAGUUAUCGGUACUAAGAAUCUGUUUUUGUGUUAUUUUGUGUUAUAUGAAGGAUGACGGGAUUGGAGGCAUUGUGUUGGAGAGUUUAAGAGAGAUUUUUCCUGGCAGAAACAGUAUUACACCCUGCGGCCGUGUGGUUUAAUGCAUGCGCUGCAGAAGACGUCUUUGUUUGAGAGCUGCGGGUAUUUCAAAAGCGUGUGCCACAGUUAUUCAUAUCAUCAUCAUCAGAUCGAAAGAAUUUUAAACCAAAUGAUACCGGUACGAUGAGCUGAGGGUCCAAACGCACGAAGAACAAAAUCUAAAGAUCUUCCAAGGCCAAAUAUUGGACGAUUGUGUCUAUACGAUGAUUCACUUUUAAAUUCAGUUCUGACAUGAAGCGCUGCGUAAAAACAAGCAGCCGGUGCGUUUAAAGAUUCAGUGGAAAUAAUUUUAACUUUCAGCUCCUGACGGAAUGAGGCUAGUCACUAUGAUGCAUACAUUUUUUACACCGUCUUUGUGAAUAAAUCAUCAUUAUUCAUCACCCCGAUUUGUUUGAAGUUGUGGCUUUACUGGUUUUGAUGUGGAAACAUUGUCAGACGAAUUCAUUGCGAGUGAAUGGCAGAUGUGUUGUGUAAAGGGUAGGCCUACUGGCUGACCGAACAAAGGCGUUUUUCAGAUUUUAGAGGUGGUACGUGUGCUCUGUGUAAUGAAUGCUUUUGUCGUAUCUACAGCCCACACGUGCAACACAAUCGCUGGAAUUAAACGGAAGAGUUUCCCUGUCUGUCUGAAAUGCAAUCAUUUGAUUUACAAAUAUGAUCAAUUGAUUGCUUUUUGUGAUGUAUUAAAAUACUGUCAUUACAUACAGGCUAACCUAAAUCAUCUUGGGUUUUUAACCAAACAAAACAUAUGCAAUUGUGUAACAUUUUGAAAGCAUUCCAUUUUAACUGGCAUUACAGAUUUAUGAAUGACUGGUGUGAUGUCAGAGGGGUGGAGGUCACGUUCUGUGCAAAAAAAAGAAUCGUCCAACAUCCAGAUCAAAAAGCUAUGGAUGAAAGCCGUCUCUCCCAAAUAUUUGCAUCUGAAAAUCAAAAUCCAGACAACAAUGCCAUUUCUUCUCAGUUCGUGUGUAUUGUGUAGUUUUGUUUGCCAUCAGUCGAGUCCAGUGGUGUUCGGGGAGAACUGGUCCACUUCGGUCAUCGAGCCAGCACAGAGAGAAUGGCCAAACACAGCUUUCAUCUCACGCGCUCCACAUCUCCGCCCAACACACAGAAGUGCUCAGAAGAUCAGACGAACUUUGCGACGGUGACGUGAUGACGUUUGGGACAUACAGUGACCAUCACUGCCUGAUGUAAGAUAUAAGAACGCUUACACAUCAGAGCUUACGAGAAAGAAAAGCUUUGACGAUUUUAACAUUGACGUCGAGUGAAAAAUUACGUUCGUCACGUGACACGAUCUGACGUGAGCGUCUGUUGACCAAUGGGAAUUCAGACAGCCCCAGGGCGUGCUUUGAGAAAUGUAAUAAAUGGCUGCAAUUCUCCUUGAUUUCGUGUCAUUUUUACAUCCAUCAGAUGUUGGAGUUCAUUGUAAACUUCAGCAGGUUAAACGUCGCAGUUUUUUUUUAAUUGGAUGAAAUUAAAACAGCCAGCCGGGAUGACGGUGAGUUUAUUUUCUGUUAACGAACCCUAAACGGAGACAUGUCGACUGCUUCAACACAAAACUGAUGAAUAAAAAAUAAGCAAAGCAAUAUGUCAUGUACAUAAACGUAUAGCUAAAAGAAACACAUUUCAAAAUGACUUACAAGGUAAAAUUGUCAUUAUUUAAUGUAUUAAUAAUUAGACUGUUGUAUUAAAGGGCAUGUGUUUAUUUGACAGUGUCUUUUUAUUUACUUGCAUAUUUGCUUUAAUAAAAAAGCGUUUAA